AUGGUUGUUAUUCUGUCUAAAUUCACUCUUUGUAAGCCCGAAGAGCUGAAAGAAGAUUCCUCACCGGACGCAGAGCAGAAGGAUGAAGCUGAAACCACCGAGCAGCCCGACACUAUGGGUAAAGAAAAGACAGAUGAUGGCCCCAAACCAGCCAAUGGGACGGCAGACGGCAGCUCCAAAAGCCAAUCAGGCUCCAACAAAAAGGACUUGUGUGUGUGUGUGUGUGUGUGUGUGUGUCAGUGUAUCGAGAGCGUUGUCGGGGGAGACGACUACAGCCAGAGUCAGGUGAACAAAUGGACGGCCAGCAUCGUGGAGCGCUGCCUCACGCAGCUGGUCAAACAGGGGAAACCGUACAAGUACAUCGUGACGUGUGCUGUGAUGCAGAAAACGGGAGCGGGCCUCCACACAGCCAACUCCUGCUACUGGGACACCGCCAUGGACGGAAGCUGCACAGUGAGAUGGGAAAACCGCACCAUGUACUGUGUGGUCAGUGUGUUUGCGGUGGCUAUCGCAUAGGACACACGCACAUCGAUGACCACCACUACCACCAUCCGAAGAGUGCAGUGGGGUCCCGUGAACAGCAGGGGGCCACCAAGUGCCACAGAGUCCUCACCCUGGAAGCUUUCAGCUCUGAGGAAAAGCUGCAGGAAACAAUACGGCUUCUUGUUUUCGCUCUUUAGAUGCAUGUACACAUCAUCGUCUUAAUGUAUUUAUCUUCUCGUGUCACUGCAGUGCUUUAAUAAUGUCGUAUUUCUCACUCACUGAGGCCUGACGGCACGCAGCAGCUGAUUCAGUCACACAUUCUACGGGAUUCUUCUUCUGUUUUCUGAUGUUCAUUAUGUGUAUCACGCCAACAAGAGAAAGCGGGGGUUUUGUACUCGGAGCUGCAGGUAAAUAAACGUGAAGAGAUUUAUGAACAUUGCGAGGCCUUCUUGAUUUUAAGACGUGCUAGAAAGCUUAACAUCUGUGAAGAAAAGUAAAUUGUGUAAUGGAAGAAUGGCCAAGAAAACACUGUUUGCCGAAAAAGAAUCCUAUUAAGUCUGUAUGAUUGGUUCAAAUAAUUAAUAAAAAUACAGACAGAGAAUUGUAUAAUCUGCUCUAAAUUCAUCCAAAUCAUUCUUUUUACACACACUUCUUGCAGUUAGGGACUUCACUGUUCGGGAUAAUUGUACAGUUUUAAAUAUAAUACGAAACAUCUAUAAAAUAUGUAAGUCAGUUUACUAAAUGAUGGAAAAGGACUCCCUUGAGGGAAAGCUACCCGGCAGUGUAUAAAGUAAUAAAAAUGUGCACCACUUUCACCAGCUGCAACAUUAAAGUGAUGAACACAA